UUAUCCAGCCGGUUGCUUCCAAUCGGUGCACACACGAGGAGCUAACCGGAUGUUGAUGGACUCACAUGUCGCUCUUCGGCAGCAAAGGCAGUUUCUUAUCGAUGCAACUUCUCGACAACUGAAGAAAACCUCAUAUUAUUAAAUCGGGAUGUCGGCGUCGUUGGUCAGGAGAGGACUGCAGCUGCUUAGCGAUGAUAUUAAAGAUGUCAGUAAAGUGAAGAAAAAGAAGCAGCAACAGACGCCCAGCUCAGCCACAGUGAUGGAGUUGGUGAGCACCAAGCGGCAGGGAGUCACCAAGCAGGUCAAACGGCUACAGGGUCGCCUGGGCCCUGGCAAGAGCAAAGCCACUGUCAAAGACAAGAGGAUCAAGUCUGCAGUGGAGGAGUUCAGGAAGAAGCAGGGGAAGAGCCAGCUGAGUGCAAACCUCAGGUACUUCAUGGAAACUGGCUGCAAAGCAACAGAUUCUGACACUUUGAAGAUCCUGAGUCACAAUACAGGGAGACAGUCCAGGAAUCGGCCAGACCGACCCCCCAAGAAGCCCAAGGAGCCGCAGUCAUUGUUCACAGAGGAGGAGUUCCAGCAGUUCCAGAAGGAAUACUUUGGCAGGACUGUCGAGAAGAAGAAGUGAAGCACACACAAACACAAAGACACUGCAGCAUUCAGAGGAAACACCAGGGCUGCAUCUUGUGAAUUGGAGUGGACCAGGUUCUGUUCUGAAAGCUGCUUCCACUUGAGGUCUCGUGUGGAAUAAGGAGAAAUGCUCAUAUAGGCAGAAUCUAUGCUGGUGUUAGGACUGAACCAUCAGAGCAGAACAUUACACCAGCUGUUCAUGGCGGCUGGGUACACUGUUCUUGUUCAAUGCUGUACUAGUUCCAAAGAUUGUUGUUACUAUGAAUCAUUUACAUGCAAAAAACAUUGGAAAAAAACAGCCCAGGUUAAAAGAAUAAACAGUUACCCAUG